CGCGGGAGGGGAGGCGCGGUUUCCACGGCAACGGGCGCGAGAAGGGCGGCCCCCAGGCAGCGUCGGCGGCAGUUUUGAGCCGCGUUCGCUUUACGGCUUGCCGGGUGUCGCGGCGAGCGAGGUCUCUGUCGCCGAGGCUGGGCUGGGGUGGGUCGGUGCUUACUGUAUUUUAGCAUGUCCCUGUGGAGAGUAAGCCGCUUCCCGACAGGAACCGGGAGGAAACCGCCCAAGGCCAGAAGGAAAAAAACACCGGCGAAGCAAGAGUGGGAUAGCACUAUUCAUGAUCUUACCGUACAUCGUGCAACUCCUGAGGAUAUUGCUCUAAGACAUGAAAGGCACAAGUCAAAGAACAAAGCUCUUGUACACUUGGAACUGCAAGAAAAAGCACUAAAGAGUAAAUGGAAGAAGCAGAGGCUGAGAGCUCCCGAAUCUCUGGAAAAAAAGAAACUGGCUUUGAUGAAAGAAAUUAUGUCUGAUCAGUACCAGCUGCAGGAUGUCCUGGAGAGGUCCGAUCAGGCCCUGGCUGUCGUGAAAGACCUGUUUGGAGAUGCCCCUCACCGACAGUUAGGUUUUCCAAAUGUGACAGUAGCUCCUGAUUAUGAUGUGGAAUCGUCUCAAGGCCCCAUCAUACAAAAGUGUGAUCCCCCUACACAGCUCUCCAUUCUUAGUGAGUCUGUCAUGGAUCCCCAGGCUCUUAAUGAAGCAGAAGAAUGCCCUUCUGUGUGCAAGACUAAUGGUGAGAAUGGGGUGCAUUUGAAAUUCAGAUCCAACAUUGACACCAAGAGGAUGCUUCACCUGCUGAAUGAAGAAAAUUCUGUGGACAAUUGCGAAAAAGAGGCUUCUAAACAACAUGUAACUAUUGUGUCAUCACAUGAAGGAAAUGUACUUUUGACUCCAGCAGCAGUUUGUCACUCACUGGGAGGUGCAGCUCUUAAUGCAACGAAUGCAGUCAAGAAAGUUCAUUCCAGACUUGAGAAUGAAGAGCAGACUCCAGGUGCUACAUAUAUUGUACAGCAGAUACUGAAUGCCAAAGUAAAGAAGCAAAAACAAACAUCAACAAAAGUAAAGAAAAAGCAAAUCUCACAGACACCCACUGGAGAGAAGAAGAUUAAUCUGAGCCCUGCAGCUGCUUCCUCUAAUCUCCCAAAUGGCAACAGAACGAGCCUAGAGGUUUUGAACCAAAUGAUAGAGGAUAUGGAGCAUGAAAUGGAAGAGUACGAGAGGUGGAUGGGGUAUGAAAUCCACCAAACACACAGGAGUCAAGGGGUCUCUGGAUUUACUCCCUCACUGGUGAAUGCUUUGUGUCGGAUGCUGUGCUAUUUGAAGGAGAGCGAGACAAGAGUACGUCAAGAAGUGUUGAACAGGAAGAAACUUGAGGAGGAAAUAAGUGAACAUAGGGCCCUCAUUGAUGCUCUAACUGCCGAAGUCCUCCUGAUGAGAGAGGAAAACCUUGCUAUGCAGAAUCAAAUCCAGCAAUGUCUAGUUGAACAAAAGAAGCAGCCACCCGCCUGUGCGCUGAAAGAGCUUUCUAUUGCCGAUUCAGACAGGAUGACAAAUCCAAGGGAAACUGGGGAUUCUUCAGUCAGGGGUCCAGAGUCCACUCAAGUAAAACCCCUCUCAAACAGCGUUGGACUGAAGACAGAUAUGUAUGAAUUCUUACAAGUGGAUCUUUCCUGUGACCAUCCAGAGUUGCUAAAUCCUCCAGAUAAAAACCUUCCAGUCCCUUUGGUAUCCCCUUGUCUGUUCCAGCCUGCCAUCUUGUUAUCUCCACCACAGCAAAGUAGCAGCCAGGACUUGCCUCCUCUUCCUCAGAAUGAGUCCCUGGGGAAAGAACCAGAUGGAGAGCAGAGACCAUCUGCCUUACACAUACCAUUCACGGCACAGGAAGGGAGCAGUCCUCCCAUGCAAAGAGAUGGGGUUCCUGUCCCAGACAAACCUUUACAGAGUUCUCUUUGCUCCAAUGGGCAACCUGUAGUAAGGAAUUUUCCUGCAGCACAGAGAGGAAACUUUGGUGAAUUUCCAGAGAGAUUCUUCCCUGCCGCAAACUUAAUGUGUACAAGGAAUGAUGACCUUCAGGGGCAUAUAGCUGAAUUUACUUUCCAGAACUCAGCUGUUAAAUCUCAGCUAAGAAAACUGAGGCACUGCCAUCAGGAAACAAGCGGUAGUUUGCAGCAGCCAGUCACAAUGCAGGAUGGAGCAAAGGUAGAGGGCCAGGGAAAUGGACAAGCCAUAAACAGACUGAAAGAGUUACCAAAGAGCAUGGAUGAACGAAUAGCUGAGCUGAGUCGCCAGAGUGCAGAAGCACGUGGCAAACUGUUGUUGCUGACCAAUCAGCAGAAGUUACCCACAUUCGUCUCUGUGUCUCCACCUGUUUCACCAAUUCCAUCAACCCCUGUGAACGUCAUUGAAAACGGAAGGAGGACAAUUGAAGUGUCUGUUCCAGUAGCAGAAACUCUGGAUAGUUCUGAAAAAGAUACUGAUUUUCCUGCCAGUGAAAACAGUGCAAGAAGAGGGGCCAGCCACCAAGCAACAGUCGUCGAAGAUAUCAGAGAGAAUAGAGAGAAUAGAAGGAAACAGGAUGUAUUAGAUCUACAAGGGUGUCUGCCACGAAAUAUCUCACUGGGAAAUGUACAACUGACAGGCGACAUUCACAAGACGAAGGCUGAAAAACGAAAAGAAGAGGGUUGGUUUGCUUUGUCAACACACCUUGGGUAGCGCCAAGCCCAACCAUAUGAAUGCAGUUGUAUUUUGAAUUAUGUCCGUGCCAUUCUGCUGGAGUUCUGGAGUCCUUUCUGCCAGAACUUGGAAGUGUAGGUGUUGCAGAUGAUGCUACCCUCUUUCCAUGUGUAUGAUGACACAUUUCUCAAAAGGAGGUCAUAUCUGUAUUGUAGAUGAAUAGAGACUGGGCACUUUUGUGUUUUAGACUCCUUUACAGUAACAUACAGCACCAUGAAAGCAGCACUAUAUAGCUAGUGUGUGUGGAUAACACCUCAUGCUAUUUUUUUUUAUUUUACACCAUCAUGGCAAGAACAGGACUGAAGUGCUUGUACAUGUUACUUGCUGUGUGCAACAGCUUCCAUGCCAUCGCACUUCAAAGUAGUUUCCAUACGGCUAGCUACACAUUUGAACUAACAUCUACUAGAUAUUCCUUGCAAGUCAAAAUGGCAUUGGAAGGAUCCACAAUUCUUUGAAAUUUUUAACAUAAUGUGAUAACAGGACAUUUUGACUGAGAAUUUCUGUAAAUAGUUAAUGUGUUUAAUUUCAGCAGAGAUGAAACAAUGUUUUAAACCCUAUUAAUUCCACUUCCAAAUAUUGGUUGAAAAUAAAGCAGAUUCUUUUCUAACAUGGAGAUAAUUAUUGGUUUGUGGACAGAACAUGUUUUCACAUAAGGCAUAUUUCUCAAUUGGCGCUCAUAACUUAUAACCCAGAAGUUUAGAUCAUCUGCCCCAUUCUCUGUAUUUGACCAGCAGGUGGAGACAUUUAAGCUCUGGUGAAUUUCUGAAUAUAGUUUUAAUGGCUAAUUUUU